CCGCGACGGGCGGCCCUCUGCAGCUGACCGGCCGUACACGUCCACACGUUCCGCGUCGUAUCCGACGUUCCGCCGCGAGUCACCGUCACCGCGUUACCGUUCCGCACGCCUUUGAAACGGCGCGCGGUGUACGCUGCGGCCGACCGCCGACGGUACAUUGUCACCGCGAUCAUGAGCAACGCGAAAACCACCACCUCGGUCACGUCAACCGCUGCGGCCGCGGCCGCUACGGCUGCCAUGUUGUUGCACCAGCACCGGUUACCGUUGAACCAUCACGCCGCCACCGCGUACCAUCAACACCAGCAGCACCAGCACCACUUGCAACAUUUGCACCACCAACAUCGGAUCCAACAAGAGCAGCAGCAGCAGCAGCAGCAGCAGCAACAGCAACAGCAACAGCAGCAGCACCAGCAGCAGCAACAACAACACGGUGCCACCGCGGCCCAGGAAGCUGCGGUCGCGCAGCAACAGCAGCACAUCAAACGGCCCAUGAACGCGUUCAUGGUGUGGUCCAGGGGACAGCGGCGCAAGAUGGCCCAGGAGAACCCGAAAAUGCACAACUCCGAGAUAAGUAAGCGGCUGGGCGCCGAGUGGAAGCUCUUAAACGAACCUCAGAAACGACCGUUCAUCGACGAAGCCAAACGGUUAAGAGCACUGCACAUGAAGGAGCACCCGGACUACAAGUACCGUCCACGACGCAAGCCCAAGACGAUGGUGCAGAAGAAAAACGACACCGGUGCAACGGGCGGCAAACCGGUGCCGUACUCGGUGCGCGACCUGUUACCGCAACACGACUCGCCGGCCACGAGCAUCGGUAACGGCGGCGGGUCGACCGCGACCACCGGUUCGAUGCUGAUGUCAGUGGCGGGCGAUCAACAGUCCGCCGCGACCGCGGCGGCGGCAGCGGCAGCAGCGGCCGCGGCGGCCGUGGCCAAAUUCCCGCGCGCGUACUUCUCGCCGUAUCACCACCACCACCACUACCCGCCGUCGUUCUACCAGCAGGUGGCCAAGGACCUGUCGGCCGCGGUGGUGGCCGGCGGAGGCGGCACCGACGCGUCCACCGCGGGCAAAGCCGUCCACGACUUUGCGUUGCACGCGUUCUACGGCAGUUCGCUGUACUCGCGUGCCGUGUCGUUGGCCACAGCGUGGCCGAUGAUGACCGCGGCCGCCGCGGCGAACGUAACGGCCAGCGGCGGCGGUGGCGACGGCGACGGUGGCGGUGGCGCUGGCGGUGGCGGCGGCUCGGUUUGCCCGGUCGACUGCGUCGAGUGCGGCCAACACGCGGAACGCUCGCCGCGGCCGCUCUCGCUUCCGCCGUCGUUACCCGUGCAACCGUUGCCCAGGCCGUCGCACGAGUCCCCUGGGUCGUCGUGCACCCCGUCGCCGCCCGCUCGAACGCUCAGCCCGAUCUCGACCGCCGGUUCGGCCGCGGCCACCAUCAAGCGGCCCAUCGCCCUGAUCGUGAAACCCGAACGCGUGGUGCCGGCCCACCUCCAUCCGCAGCACGUCAUAUGAAAACCGUUGCCGGUUCUUCCGGAACCGGCCGCCGGUGCAGCCACCGCGAUGUCGUCCGUACGGCCGUGCGGUUGGCCGCAGUACUCGUCGUCCGCGUCGCCGCCACCGCCGCCACUGGCGCCGCCGCCGCCGCCGCCGCCGCCGUCGUCGUCGUCGUCGUCUUCGCCGUCUCCUCUGUCCAACCCGCCGUGGUGGCUGCAACAGUUGCAGCAGCAGUUGAUGAUGUGCAGCGGCAUGAACAAUCCCGGACCGGCGCAGCCCACGCAGCCGACCGCCGCAGCGCAGGACCGAGCGGAUUAGAGAGUUGCACGCGGGUGAUUGAAAUUCGAUUUUUAAAAGUUCCACGUCCCGGUUUCCGUCACAUAAAGCGUCAAAUCAAAUAUCCGCACAAAAAAAUGAUCGAUGACCGGAACAGUUCGACCGCAUGUUAAAAUCAUUUUAACGUGCAGUCGAAUCACUGGGAUCUGUAUCGCAAACUGUAAAUAAUACACUCGUGUAACCGAGAAACAUCACGGUUAAAAUGCGAAACUGCAAAUUUGUAACGUAAAUAUUCUUUUAAUAAUUCUUUUUUUUUUCCCCGCGUAAUAAUAAAACUAUCGACAUCACUGAACCGAUCAUUCGUUAUUGUCGAUACCUUUAUCGUGUACAUACGUUAUUAAAAUUAUGUUGCGGCGUGUUAGCCAUUCGUACCUAUUUAUAUACAUUAUUAUAAUACGUAUAAUGUAUAAAAAGAUUAAACUUAAAAUAACUGUGUUAUUUGCAGAAUCCGUUGAGCACAUGUGUUUAAUACAGCUGAGAAUGGUUGGGUUGAAAUUUUAUUUGGUUUAUUUGUUGGAAAAUAUAAUUUCUAACCAUUUACAAUAUACUUAGUACUCGUUUGGUAACGAUUUUUUUAAACUUUAUGUACAUAAAUUAAUACGUUUCAACCUCUUCGCCUGUUUUAAUAUAUUUAAUCGUAUAAAUGCUUACCUUUUGAUUUAAUUAUUUUAAUCACCAAGAAGAACAAAACAAGCAAUGUAUCGAUAUUCAUAUAUUUGUUGCAAUGGGAUAGUUUUGAAAAGUUAACACUACAGUCAUUCUUAGUAUCCGGUUAACUAAACACAACGGUCUGUUGUCGAGAAGUAUACGAUUUUUUAACUCGAAAUAACGUUCUUGAUCUCAGCGACCGGUAAAUAAAUAUUUUUUAAAUUACUAUUGUGUUUAGUUUAUUUUUCAUGAGUAUAAAUAUAAAAUAUAGACCAAAAUAUUAUUUCAGUGACAAACCAUAAGAUAAAAAGUCAAUUCGAUUUUCAUUAUUCCCGAGUUAAUUCAGGUAAAAAAAAUUGUUUUACUGUUAAUGUUCCACUGUACUUUUUUAUUGAAUAAAAACAAAUUAAAUAUUGCUUCGCCGUUAAAUUGAAAUGAACGAGAAGAGGAUAAAAGCAAAAAAAAAAAAUUAAUAAAUAAGAAUAAUCAUUUAAAAAAAAAAAACUCCAUUAUAUACGAUUUAUAUCAAUUUUAUUAAUUAGAAAGCGUUCGAUAAAAUAAAAACUUAAAGAUAGAAAGAUUCUUCAUAUAUUACAAUACCUUCACAAUACCUGGUAUUGUGUUUUACAUUAUAAUAUCUUUAUUUUAAUCAUACAAUAGGUAUUAAUAUUGGUAAAACUAUUGGUUUUAUUUAAAAAGACGUUUGUCCUCGUUAUGGAUCAAAACAUUAAGUUCGCAGUGACAAUGAAGUGCAAUGGAAUGUAAGAAAGUACCUGAAUUGCCUAACUGGCUCGCCGUGUGGCAUGUAAUUAAGAAUAAAAAUCCCGUCUAAUAUGUUAUAAUAAUAGUGUAUAAAUAAAACAUAUGCUUUGUGUUA